AAGGGCUGUUGUGGCUGCGGUACUGCGGAGGGCUCUCGGAGGCCAGAGCUCUCUUUCGGUUCGCUGUGGGGCAGAGUCUCGGGUGGCCUGACCCACGUCGCUCGGGCGGGCUGUGCGGGGAGCGGCGCCGGACGCUGGCGGCUCCCGCGGUGGGGAAGGACGGCGGCGCAGCCGCUGACCCCGUCUCCUGGCCGGCUCUGGGUAGCCGCAGGGCCGGUGCCGGAGCCGGGUCGGACGUUAGCCCGGUGGGACGUUGGCGCAGAACUCCGUCAGAUUCGGGCCUUAACGCCUUCGCCACCGCGCACCCAGGCUCCCCUUGGCCUGUCUCACUUCUACUCUUGCUAUUAGCCCAUCAAAUCUAAAUUCUCUGAACUCGUUUGAUACUGAACUUCAGAGGAAUGAGCUGUUAGCUAAUGUAACGAAACCAGCGACUAUAACCCAGUUUUCUGGAUUUCGUGGAUUCCAGGAGUGAGUGCUGUUUUCCUACAGCCUCUCAGCUUUUACCUUUGGGCUCUGCAGUGUGUGUUCAGUUUCUGGCUAGAGUGACCUGUCUGAUCCAGGGUUUUCAUGUAUGUAAAAACGAUUCAGUUUGACAUUUGUAAAGCCCGGAAGUGUUAAUACUAAGGUACAUUUACCCUUCUCAUUAAUACAUGCAAGUAAAUAUACACGUAGACUGCACUUUUCCUUUAACCUUACCUUGCAUGAACACCUAAUUAAAUACACUUUUUUUCUAUCUUUUGAAUCAAACACUUUGAAUUUUUGUUUUGUGUGAUGAAGUCUCACUAGGCAGCUCUGACUGGUUUGAAACUGUGUAGACCAGGCUUGCCUCCAAUUCAUGGUGAUCAACCUGCGUCAGCCUUAGGAGUGCUGAGAUGGAAGGCAUCACCAUGCCUUAGUGAAAUGUUUGAUUCAUAAAUUUAUUAUUUUUAUUUUAUUAUUACCUUUGAUAUGUUGAAAUUCAGGCACACGUUGAAUAUCUUUUAUUUAAAAUAUUUAGAAAUACAAUGCUAAACACAAAAUUUCUGUAUGUGUCAUGUACCUCUUGUAUUUUCAUGUAUACUUAUACAUGUAUAUUUAUAUUUUCAGUGUGUCUGUUUUUGACUGUCAUCCGUCCCAUGAGAUCAGGCAUAGAUCCACUAUGGAAUCAUGUCAUACAUAGCUCAGAAGUUUUGCAUUUUGGAACAUUUGGACUUUGGAUUUUUGGAGAAGAGAUGCUUAACCUGUAGUGAGGUUUUGAUUGAUGCUUAGAAUUAAGUAUAUGAAUUUAAGGAAUGAUAGGUAUACUGAAUAUUUUUUGCCAAAGCUAAUACACCUCUAAAUACUCCAAGAGUGACCAAGUAAUUUUAUGAAAUGUCCUUUUUCUUCAACUCUUGCUUUCAGAAUUGUGAUUUUGCUUCAUUUCUAGGCACAUGUCCCCACCAUGCUUUCCUGUGACAUCUGUGGUGAGACAGUAGCCUCAGAACUAGAUAUGAAGGCUCACCUAAUUGUUCACAUGGAAAACGAAGUUACAUGUCCGUUUUGCAAGUUGUCAGGUGUAAAUUAUGAUGAAAUGUGUUUUCAUAUUGAAACUGCUCAUUUUGAGCAGAAUGCACCAGAAAGAAACUUUGGGAAACUAAAUGCAAUACAGUAUGAAAAUCCAGACAGCCAGAAUACCACUCUACAGAGAACAAUGGAAGUUCAUUCAAGUAUUCAUUCAGCUUGUGCAUCUAAUUUUCCAAAAAAUUCAGCCCAAAGCGUUCCUAAAGAUGGGACUUUAAAACAUGAAGCUUUUCAUACAGAGAGGAUAACUGAAUCUAGACAGUACCUGAGAAGCCCAGAAAAGCAGUCUGGAUUGUCUCCAGUACCAGGAUCAAUUUACGAGACAACUUACAGUCCUCCUGACUGUCCCUUUUGUGGAAAAAUAGAGGGGUGUAGUCAAGAUAUGGAGACGCACGUGAAAACAAAACACGCCAGUCUUUUAGAAACUCCAUUAGAAGACUGUCAUCAACCACUCUACGACUGUCCCAUGUGCGGGCUUGUCUGUACAAAUUACCAUAUUCUUCAGGAACAUGUGGAUUUGCAUUUAGAAGAAAGCAGCUUUCAAGAAGGUGUGGACAGAGUCCAGUGUUCUGGUGAUCGAGAAUUAGCUCACCAGCUUCAACAAGAAGAAGACAGGAAGAGGAAAUCUGAAGAAUCAAGACAAGAAAGGGAAGAGUUCCAGAAGUUGCAGCGGCAGUAUGGUUUAGAUAAUUCUGGUGGAUACAGACAACAGCAGCUACGGUACAUGGAGAUGGAAGUAAACAGGGGAAGAAUGCAUCCCUCUGAAUUUCACAGCAGAAAAGCAGACAUGAUGGAAUCAAUAGCUAUUGGUAUUGAUGAUGGAAAAACGAAAACUUCCGGAAUUAUUGAAGCCCUCCAUAGAUAUUAUCAGAACACUGCCACAGAUGUGAGGUGUGUGUGGCUCUCUACAGUGGUGGACCACUUUCAUUCAUCCUUUGGGGACAAAGGUUGGGGUUGUGGUUAUAGAAAUUUCCAGAUGCUACUUUCAUCAUUACUACAAAACGAUGUGUAUGGUGACUGCUUGAAAGGUAUGUCCAUUCCUUGUAUUCCAAAAAUUCAGUCCAUGAUUGAAGAUGCAUGGAAGGAAGGUUUUGAUCCUCAGGGAGCCUGUCAACUUAAUAACAAAUUGCAGGGAACAAAGGCCUGGAUUGGAGCUUGUGAGAUUUAUACACUUCUGACCUCACUGAGAGUAAAGUGCCGCAUUAUUGAUUUUCACAAGUCAACUGGUCCAUCGGGUACACACCCUCGCUUAUUUGAAUGGAUAUUGAACUAUUAUUCUUCAGCUAGAGAAGGGAAUCCAAAGGUUGUGUGGACAUCUAAACCUCCUGUCUAUCUCCAGCACCAGGGUCAUAGUCGAACAAUUGUUGGCAUUGAAGAGAAGAAAAACCGGACGUUAUGUUUACUAAUAUUUGAUCCUGGAUGUUCUUCCCGAGAAAUGCAGAGAUUGUUAAAGCAAGACAUAGAGCCUGGUAGUCUCAGGCAGCUGCGGAAAUCUGUGGGGAAUCUUAAACAUAAGCAGUACCAGAUAGUAGCAGUUGAGGGCGUUCUUUCACCAGAGGAGAAAGUUAUGAGACAGAAUACUCAUGAGGGACAUGGGCUGGGAUUAAAGGCGUGCACCACCAUCGCCCGGCCAGGUGAACAACAUUUUAAGUGGCUUUUAUGUUUCCAGUUUUAUAAAGUGAGUCAUUGUUGCUGCUAAAAUACUAAACAUGUCUUUUCUGUGCUUUACUUUUGACUUUGUUUUUUUUGGGGGGCGGGAUUGCAGGGUUUGUUAGAUCAUAGCUGUGCCUUUAAGAAUUACAGCUACUAAGGACUUUACAUGUUUCACUGUAUAGAACAUCACUGUAGGGUAAAUGGAUAUUGUUUCUGUGUUUCAAAUGAGGAUGCUUAUAGUGAGUAGUGAAGUCAGAUCUGCAGUGUAGCAGUUUAUCCAGCACUUGGUCUUGUGUAGCCUCUUGGAAAAAGCUUCUUUUUAAGAAGUUUUACUAAAUCAUUUUUCUUUUUAAUAUUUCAUACAUGUAUAAGGAUGUGUUCUGAUUAUUCUCACUACCUUCACCUUUUCUGCUCUCCCCCACACCCGUAUCAACUCACUCUUAGUUCUGAUUUUUUUUCCCCAAAAGAAAAAGAAAAUUGAGACAGGUCUUCUUCACAGUGUAUCUGUGGCUGACCUGGGACUCAUUAUAUAGACAAGACUGGCCUCAGAAAUCACAGAGGUCAGCCUGCCUUUGCUUCCCAAUGCUGAGAUUACAGGUGUGCAUCACCAUGUACUGCCCUAUUAAAGCUAUUAAAUUAUGUUUAUUUUUAUGUAAAUUUGUGUGUGUGUGUGUGUGCCUGUAUGCAAACCACAUAAGUGUUACACCAGAACAUGGUGUCCCCUAUACCCAGAGUUGUAGGUGGUCAUGGCUUUUGGGAACUGAGCUUACAUCUUUUGUAAGAACCACAUCACCAAACACUGAGCUGUUUUUCUAGAAACCUAUUUUCACUUAAAAAUUUUUUUUCAACCUUUGAGACAAGGUUUCACGUGGCCCAGGCUGGUCUUGAGUUCACUGUGUAGCCUAGGUUAACAUUUGUAGUAGGAGCUGCGGGCUGUGUUCCUGCAGCCCGGCUUUCAGCCACCGGCUAGCUUUACUUGAAAUAACAACAUGGAAACUGUAUUCUUUUAAACACUGCAUGGCCCAUUAUAUCUAGCCUCUUCUUGGCUAACUCUUACAUCUUGCUUAACCCAUUUCUAAUAAUCUGUGUCUUACCGGGAAAGAUUCAGCAUGUCUGACCUGGCGGCUUGCUUCAUCACGUGUCUGCCCUGGAGAGGAGAGGCAUGGCAUCUGCCUCACUUCCUCUUCCUCCCAGCAUUCUGUUCUGUUUACUCCACCCACCUAUGUUCUAACCUAUCAGGCCAAGCAGUUUCUUUAUUAAUUAACCAAUGAAAGCAACAGAUUGAUAUGACACUCCCACAUCACUCAUUCUCUUACCUCAACAUCAUGGAUUACUGGCAUUUGAUAUUAUGCCUGGCUUCUCUUCACAUCUUGAUAAUAGUUGCUAAUAUACUUCAGUACAUUCUUAGUUUUUAUUUGGUUAUUCCAGUACUCUGAAUUUCAAUUAUCCUAAUUUGUUUAGUUUAGCUGAGCUUAAUAUGCUUUAGUUUGUAAACCAAAUUUGGAAGCAGCAGAAACAAUGAAAUUUUCCUUUAUUCUUUUAAUAUUUUAUUAACACUAUGAAUAUUUUUUAUAUGUAUAGAAUGUAUUUUGACCAUGGUUUCCUCCUCUAUUCCCCUUAAAUUCUCCCAGAUCCUUAUCCACCAAGUCCUUAUCAUGUGCUUUAUUUAUCUUUUUUCCAUAACCCACAGAGUCCAAUUUUUUUCUCAUAUAUUCCUGGUUAUGAGACCAGCCACUGGAGCAUGGUCAACUUACCAAGAGACAUAUCCUUAAAGAAACUGACUCUCCCUCAUCCCCAAGUUAGAUACAGUAACUCCUCACCCAGGAAUGGUACAGCUGGAAUACUAACUCAUAAUCAACAAGGGUUUUGUUGUUGUUGUUGUUGUUGUUGUUUUUGCUUUUGAGACAGGGUCCUACUCUACAGUUUUGGCUGUCCUGGAACUCACUAUGUGGACCAGUCUAGACUUGAACUCACAGGGAUCUACCUGCUUUUGCCUCCUCAGUAGUGGAAUUAUUUGCUCAUAGCUCUAUCAUUCUUUUCACUUUUUCUUUGGUCCCCUAUUGUUCCUCAAACCCCCUCCCAUCUAUAUCAUUGUGAGUCAGCAAUUUUACAUUUGACAGAGUCCAUCAGAUAACAUUUUGUUUCACUCUAUUUUGCCUUUAUCUAGAAUUUUCUUCAUGACUUGACUUGUAAAAUAUAUAUUACUAAUUUUUUAAGUUUUAGAUCAUAAUUUUCCACUAGGACUUUUCAUUGUUAUCUUGAAAAAAGUACAGGUUUUAUUUUCUACAUUGAAAUGAUGAUAAGACAGAGGGUUGAUACAACUACUCAGCUGUCAAAAAUACUUGCUACCAAGGCUGACCAACUCUAACUUCAAGAUCCUCCUGUUAUAAAGAGAGCUGACCUCUAUAGCAUACACAGGCAUGCACGGAUAAACAAUACAUGUAUUUUUUUUAAAACUGAUAACAUAGUAUAUAUAAUUAAUUUCUAGGUUAUAAUUCAUAGACUGUUUUCUUCUUGAUUCUUUUUCAAGGCCAGGAAACAGGCUUCUCAAGUGUUUACAGCGGAGAAGAUUCCUUGAAUGAAAUAUUUCGGUGAUUUUGUACUUAUCCUUUUUACUGAUAUUGAACUCUGAUACAGUUGAAGAAUUUGAUUUCACUGAAGUCCUUGGUAUAACAUUUAAUUUAUAAGUGCCUGUUAAGUUAUACUUCUUAUUAAUUCAUUGUCUGUAAUUAGUUGAAUAAAAUACCUUGUUUGCA